CCGUGUUAAUCGUACUUACAAUACGUAUUUUUACGAGAAAUAUUAAAAUGGUGUACUGCACUGUGGUUUAGUAUAAUUAAAUUUACAAGCUUAGAAUAUUUCUCAUUGCAUGUUGUAUUUGUGAAUUGGAAGCUAUGCCGCUGGCAAAUACCUCGGACCCUUGGCGUAUGCAGAAUGUCGGAGACAGCACGCGUGGUAACGGAAGUCAACCAGCAAACAGCCUACCAAUGGUUGUGGAAAAUGCAGAAUCCCGGCAAGCGUCGACAACUGAGAGUUUGGAGGCCGGAGGAGACACUAACUAUGAAAGAGAAGUUGAACUACAGGAUGUUGUUAAGGAAGGGCAUGAGAAGGCUGAUCCGUCACAAUUUGAAUUACUCAAGGUGCUUGGAGAGGGGUCCUUUGGAAAAGUUUUUUUAGUACGAAAAGUUGUUGGUGCUGAUGCUGGCACAUUAUACGCUAUGAAGGUACUUAAAAAAGCGACACUAAAAGUAAGAGACAGAGAACGUACCAAGAUGGAAAGAAAUAUCUUAGUAGAAAUGGGCCAUCCAUUUAUCGUUAAAUUACACUAUGCGUUCCAAACUGCCGGUAAAUUAUAUUUAAUAUUGGACUUUCUGCGUGGUGGAGAUUUGUUUUCACGACUAAGCAAAGAGGUUAUGUUUACUGAAGAGGAUGUAAAGUUUUACUUAGCAGAGCUAGCAUUAGCUUUAGAACAUGUCCACAAAUUGGGAAUCAUAUACAGGGAUCUCAAACCUGAGAAUAUUUUGUUAGAUGCUGAUGGUCACAUUGCACUCACUGAUUUUGGCUUAUCUAAGCUACCACCAAGUAGUGAUAAGGCUUAUAGUUUCUGUGGCACAGUGGAGUAUAUGGCACCAGAAGUUGUUAAUAGGAGAGGGCAUACUUUUGCAGCUGACUGGUGGUCUUUUGGUGUACUUAUGUUUGAAAUGCUCACUGGAAAUUUACCAUUCCAUGGCUCUACAAGACACGAAACAAUGACUCAAAUUCUAAAAGCCAAACUGGGUAUGCCGUCUAAUCUUAGUGAGGAAGCACAGUCUUUACUUCGAGCGUUGUUCAAAAGGAAUCCGCAAAAUAGAUUGGGUGCUGGUCCUAAUGGUAUAGAAGACAUAAAGAGUCACGAAUUCUUUGCAAGUAUAGAAUGGGACGCACUAUUGCGAAAAGAGGUGGUCCCGCCGUUCAGGCCUGCGGUGUCCAGAGCUGAUGAUGCGUUUUAUUUCGACUCCGAGUUUACGUGUCGUACUCCGAGAGAUUCGCCAGGAGUACCUGCUUCGGCCAAUGCACAUGAACUUUUCAGGGGUUUCAGUUUCGUAGCUCCGUGCUUACUCAGCGAUGACAAUAACAAAACUGUUACAAACCAGAAUCAAAACCAUGUGACGCAAAACAAUAAAUCUUCCGCAGAAGAAUUCUGGUCGGGCUUCGUCAAUAGGAAUCGUUUUUUUGACGAGUAUAGGUUAAUGGGGGAAUUGGGAACUGGUUCGUUCUCUGUCGUUCGCCUCUGCGAACAUAAAACUUCCAGAGUUCAGUACGCUGCAAAGAUCAUGGAUAAGCUUCAAUAUGAUCCUAGGGAAGAAAUUGAAAUACUGUUAAGGUACAGUCACCACCCGCAUAUAAUAACGUUACGAGGCGUGUAUGAAGAAGGCGGACGCAUAUUGGCAGUCACAGAACUGUGCCGUGGUGGAGAGCUCUUGGAGCACAUUACGCAACGCCGUUAUCUGCCUGAACACGAAGCUGCGCCUAUUCUGCGCAAUGUAUUGCAAGCAGUACACUAUUUGCACAGACAUACAGUUGUGCACAGAGACAUAAAACCAUCGAAUAUUCUGUUCGCGACUGCUGAGAAGCGACCCGAAGAUAUUCGCUUAGUCGACUUCGGGCUGGCUAAGCAACUUCGGGCCGAGAACGGGCUUCUCAUGACGCCCUGUUACACCGCCAAUUUCGUCGCACCCGAAGUGCUUAAACGUGCGGGUUAUGACGCCGCCUGUGACAUAUGGAGUUUAGGCGUUCUUGCGUACAUCAUGCUAUCAGGUCGAACUCCCUUCGCGUCUACGGGAGAUGACACGCCUGAAGCAAUAUUGGCCAGAAUAGAGUCUGGAAAGGUCGAGCUAUCGAGCGGAAUAUGGCGCGGGGUGUCCAACGAGGCCAAAGGCUGCAUUCGCCGUAUGCUACAACUGGAACCAGCGCAGCGCCCGCGCGCCGCCGACCUCCUGCACGAGCCGUGGCUCAGCCACAGCGCCAAUUCGCCCUUGCCAACUGUAGAACCUUUGGAAGAUGAUGCGCCGCCCCCAGCCGCUGAUUUGAGACGAGCUGUAGAUUUGACCUUCCAGGCAAUGACAUCUUCUCCCAUGACGCCUCAAGUACUAGGCCCAGUGUCGCAGUCUACUCUUGCGCAGCGCCGCAGCAAGCCGCAGCGGCGGUUUCCCCCCACGCAACUCUGAACAACACAGGUAUACGAACAAACAUAUUACGUAGAGCUUUGAUACUGAACGAAGAACAGUACACGUAAAUGUACGAAUAUAUUCGACGAUUCCUUUGUUGUUGACAGCGAAAUGUAAUUUGAACUUGGUUACUAAGUGCGUUUACACGAAACUGGAAGCUUUCAUAAGUAGUCACUUAGCAUUUUUAUAAAUACCAGACCGUUGUUAAGACAUUCCAUCUCUGGCAUAAUUAUUAACAUUGAUAAUAUAGAGUACUUAAUAAAAUACGAAAUAAAACUAUUCUUCCGGAUCUAAAUCGCGAUAUUUUAUUUACCUUC